CAACUCUAAUUGCAUUUAUCAUGCUUGUAUCCAUGUCACUGUACUUGUCAUUUCUUUACUCAGGUCUGAUUAUCUGGAUCUAUUGCCAGUUGUUGAUUGAAUGAUAUCUUCUUUUCAAUCGGUAUCCUUGACAACUUAGCAGUGAGGUAUCUAUUUUGCUUGCACGCUCUUUCUUCAUGGAAUUUUCCAUGGCAGUUUUGGCACUGCUUGCACGACUUUGAGUUUUGGUUCGGCAGGUAAGUGCUUACUUAUUCCAUGUCAAGCAGUAGAAUAAGAAUCUGCAACUCCGUAAGUGACAAAUGCAGUUAAAAUCUUUUCCAUCAAUAGCACAUUUCUUGUUGACUGUAAAACAAGUAUAGCACAGUCUGCACUCAUUUUGUUUCCUUCUACAGAUAUUACUUAAUGUUGCUUCUUUUUUUUUUUUUGAAGAAAAUGUUGCUUCAUUGUCCAACACCGUGUCUUCGCUCGCCCAGAAUAAGCAGUCUGUGAAAAUAAAUAAGAAAGGAAUAGAGGUUGGCAGCCCCACCUGUGUUUUCCGUACCUUCAUGAUACAAUACCAAUUGAAUCACUAUCCUUUUCACUGAAACCUCCUCUUCUCCAGGUAUUUCGAGAGUACUAUCCAAUGAACAAGGAAUUUAUCACCCUAGAGUGUGUUUGGGAAGAAGAUAAAUUUGUGUUGCUCGAAAAGAGUACAGAAAACUGACGUAAAAGAAAAUUAUGAGACCAUAAAAGAUCCCAACAAUGGAAGAACGGCUGUACGGUAUCGAAGCAUUCAGGCAUUUCUUAGAGAUGGAAGUAGAUCAUCCCGACAAAGAAGGCUCUUCUCUGAUGAAGAAAGAUGAGGACUUGUCAGCUGGAUCUCCAACUCCGAAAGAGAUUGAACAUCAGAAGCAAGCAGCUGGUGCUGAUGCAUCCAUAGCUGUUAAAAGGCCUUCAACUUCAACUUCAAAUGUGACCACGCCAGGGCUUUCAAGGGGUAGUGAAAAGGAAGCAGAUGGCAUGGAGGAUUCGUUUUUCGAUUUGCUUACUGCUGGUGGAAACCUCAAGAGUCUCUUUUGA